CAGUGUGACCAUAUCUCGCUAUCGACGCAUUGUCUUGAAGCCGCUUUUUUCUAAUUUUUUUUAUUUUAAUUUCAAGCUAUCAAAUGGAUUCGGAGGAGGACUUGAUCAAUGAAGAUGUUUGCCGAAUUUGCAGAAGCGUCAACGUAGCUAAUCUUGUUGGCAUAUUCGAGGAUCGCGAACGGAUGCCUAUGCAAUGGGAAGGCGGAAAGUUGGAACCGGCGCUUGCUGAUAUUUUGAAUGAGUGUGCAGAUUGCAUGAUAAAACCAAAGGAUGCAUUGCCGCAAAAAAUAUGCCGCUCCUGCAUAUCGGCUGCCCGACAGACAUUCCAAUUUAAACGAAUGUGCGAGCAAAGCUAUCAAUUCUUCAAGCAACGCCUUAAAGUGGGUAGCCUUAAGGACUUGGAUCUUGCAUUGUCGUUGCUCCUUGAUCCGCUCACGGGAGUUAAGGUAGAGGCUGACGAGGAAGAGUUUAUAGUAUCAAAGGAAACACUCGAGGACGUCCAGCAAAAUCAAGAAAAGGAGGUGGUGGACGAAAUAUCGGAGGACAAGGAGGCUAAAGAGGAUGAGUACAAAAAACCAGUAAAUAGGAAGACAAAGCAAUCAGAUGAAAUGCAAGACAAGAGCAUUUCUGAAGAUAAAGUCACUACUAGGUCAGGAAGAUCUAAAAGUGCCUCGUCAAUUCAGCAGCUAUCAAAAGAUACUUUUCCCUGCCCCCAUUGCUCGAAAACUUUCGAACAAAAAUCUUACCUAACAAAGCACUUGAGACGCCACACCAAUGAUAAAUCUUUUGUCUGCCCAACUUGUGACAAAUCGUUUCUUUUUAAAACUCAUCUUGUCACCCAUUUGCGUGUCCACACCGGCGAACGUCAAUUUAAAUGCCAGGACUGCCCAUUGUCAUUUACCCAGAAUCACCAUCUUAAGGAUCAUCAAAAGAUUCACACUGGCCUUAAACCAUUUCAGUGUCCCCACUGUCCACGUACGUUCACUCAACGCAGUAAUCUCAAGUUGCACAUCAAUUUGCACACCGACAAGGGGCCAUAUAAAUGCCCGGAUUGCUCGAAAACCUUUUCUAUGAAGUGUGCUCUAACCAAACAUCUGCCCGUGCAUGCUGACGAAAAGCCAUUCCAAUGUCGUUACUGUCCGAAGAACUACACAAAGAGUCAUAGUCUGAAGCGGCACGAACGUGAUCACACAGGUGAACUAUAUCGAUGUACCGCAUGCUCACAUGUCUUCAAGGAGCUUUAUAAACUGCGUCAGCACUCGAAAAAUGUUCAUGGUGUCAAUCUGAAUGACAUUACUGAUAAGAAGAUGAAACCAAGAAGAGUUAAAUCUAACAAGUGAUAAUGAUACAGUGAUACAGUCUUAAAAGUAUUGUGUGGUUUCCCCCAUUAAACAAAACUAUUGAAAAAUUAGUUUAUAUCUGACAGAA